GUUUUUGGAUUGCAUGGCACAAAAGCCCUGGCUCAAAGCUUCACAGAUGUAAAUUUUGGCCAUUUGUUGACACCGUCGCUAACAUUUGUUCACAACUUUGCUAAAAUUCCUUUGCAAAUCUUCAAAAUUCAUAUCUUAUUUUCUUCAUUGCAUCGAUUUCAGAUAUUAUUUCUUAAUCGCUUCAUCAUCCCCGAUUUAUCAUCAAUUCAAUUUCAAGAUGGUUUCUUCAUCACAAAUACUCAACAAACAAUCUGACUAUGAAGAUGAGGAGAAAAUCUCCUUAAGGGAGAAGAAGGGAAAAAAGUUAUGGAGGAAAGUUAGAUAUCAGCUUACAGAGUACCAUUCCUUGCCUGCAUAUCUUAGAGACAAUGAGUACAUUUUGGGUCAUUAUCGGUGUGAAUGGCCAUUGAAACAGUUGUUAUUGAGCAUCUUCACGAUCCAUAAUGAGACUCUUAAUGUUUGGACGCAUCUGAUUGGAUUCUUUCUUUUCCUGACCCUGACCAUAUACACAGCCACUAAAGUCCCGGAUGUCGGGGAUUACUACCCUUUGCAACACUUCGCUGAGAUGCUCAAGAAAGCUGGCUUGCACGAUGUUCACUCCAAGCUUGUGAAAUGUGUUCCGUCCUUGUCUAGCAUUCCUAACUUUAGUACUCUAAAGGGUGAAUUGAGGGCAUCUCUUCCUUACAUCAAUGCGCUGUCAUCAGUUUCUGGGUGGCACAUUAUAGAAAAUCUGGCAAAGUGCUUACCUGAGAGUUUCUCCCAUCUGAAUCAGACUCGUGAUUAUUUAUUGUGGAGCAUGAAAGACAGUUUACUCAACACAAUUGCACCCAUGUCAUUCCACCCAAUCACAAGAUGGCCCUUCUAUGCCUUCUUGGGUGGAGCCAUGUUCUGCUUGCUUGCCAGCAGCGCUUGCCAUUUGCUUUGCUGCCACUCAGAACGCCUUUCUUAUAUUAUGCUUAGGCUUGACUAUGCUGGUAUUGCAGCCCUCAUUGCAACCUCAUUUUACCCUCCGGUUUAUUACUCGUUUAUGUGCAACCCAUUUUUCUGCUACCUCUACUUAUCCUUCAUAACAAUAUUGGGGAUUGCAACCAUUGUUUUCUCUCUAUUCCCCGUCUUCCAGAAACCAGAAUACAGGAGCAUUCGUGCGUCCUUGUUCUUUGGCAUGGGCUUCUCUGGUGCUGCUCCCAUCUUACACAAGCUGAUAUUGUACUGGCACCAGCCUGAAGCACUGCAGACCACUGGUUAUGAGAUUUUGAUGGGUUCAUUGUAUGGCCUUGGAGCUUUCAUUUAUGCUAAAAGGAUACCUGAGCGAUGGAGGCCGGGGAAGUUUGAUAUAGCAGGUCAUAGUCAUCAGCUUUUUCAUAUUCUGGUGGUUGCUGGAGCUUACACACAUUAUCAUACUGGACUCGUUUAUCUUAAUUGGAGAGAUCUUCAUGGUUGUUGAUAAAUCUAUAAUUUAAGGCAUACACUGAUUGUAAAUCACCUAGAAAGUGUACACUAUAAGAAGCAAGUUCAAUUUCCUACUGAACUUGCUGCUCUUCCUACUUUUCUUUUUUGCAUUA